AUGGGACGGCCAAUAGCAUUGGUGUUUCGUGGUGAAUCUACGGAACAAGAUGAUGAUCUCGCAGAGCCUCUAGCCGAGUUUCUCAGGAAAUCGCCACGCCAUUUCAAGGUUCGGAUCGUUGGUCCGAAUGAAGACGAAGACCUCGACGAAGACAGCUUGGAGGAUGCUGACCUCCUCGCCAUGCCCGGAGGCCCGGACUUGGAUGAUGCCUUUGACGAGACAAAGGGUGCGAAGCGUGCCAUUCGCAACUUCGUGUCGGAUGGUGGGCGGUACUUUGGAGUCUGUCUCGGCGCCUAUCUAGCCGGCCACUCGCCAGGCUUCGGCCUUUUGCCCAAGGGCGCCGAUACGGAUUCCGAAUGCGAGCAGAAAGGCGCACAGGUGACGAAUGACGAAGACGCGAUCAUCCAGGUCGACUGGACGUACAGUCACGGCGAAAAGGCCGGCCAGACACACAAGGAUCAAUGGAUCUUCUUUCAAGAGGGCCCUUGCAUCAAGGGGUUUGAAGAGUCCGAUACAUCUUUCAUCUUAGGGAGGUACUCAAAAGACGGUCGGAUUGCUUCCACGCUGAGCAAGUUCGGCGAUGGCUGGGUUGGGCUGAUAGGCCCUCAUCCCGAAGCCGAUCAGAGUUGGUUCGACGAUGCCGAGCUGGAGGCACCUCAGGGCUUGCGGUACGACAUUGGGUUCGAUCUGCUCGAAUCACUCAUGUCCGGGCAUGCGAUCAGACGCGAAGAGGCAAGCGCCAUGUCGCACGGCCAUAAAGGAUUGAGCGAUCGCAUGGGCGGUGCGUUUGACAAGAUCAGAGAUCUUGCGCGAUGA